GUGGCACUUUGGUUUCCAGCGCUCCAGUUUCACAUCGGCCGCUAAACAUCGACUUUCCCCGAGAGAAACGCGUCUUUGACGGGCAGGAUACGAACCGGAGAGCGGCUCCGAGCACCGGGAGCACCGAGCGAGAGCCCCCUCACGGUGGAGACAAGCGGGGGAAGUGGCCGGGGCUUACGCCGCUGGUCGUCGGGCGCCUCCCGGGCUGAAGCUGCGUCGUGUUGAUGGAUCUCUGGGUUUUUUAAACUUGAAGAAAUGUCUCGUGACUCUCGGAGGAUCCUCCCGGUCCUCACGAUGGCGUCAGUGGAUUUAAUGAUGAUAAGAAGACAUCUAUUCACCUGGGUGGACCCUGGAUAGACCCAAUGUCAUCAACAGGUCCUUUGCCUGUGAGACCAGACGAGGGCGACAUUGCUCACCAGGUGAACGUGGUGACAUGAAGCACUUCACCUGCAACAAACAUUUCUUUAAUCAUUAUCUGUUCCGGGAUCAAUGCUGCUUGAUAAGGUUCAGUGGAUGGGAGUGCUUCUCUCAGGAACACCAUCUCCAGCGGGCCAUCUCCGCACAUCAGGUAUAUGGCGAGAAACGGGACAGCAUGGUCAUCCCGGUCCCCGAGGCGGAGAGCGACAUCACCUACUACGACUCCCUCUACCCUGGAGAGUACAAGAUGCCAAAGCAGCUAAUUCACAUACAGCCUUUCAGCUUGGACACAGAGCAGCCGGACUAUGACCUGGACUCGGAGGAUGAGGUGUUCCUCAUCAAGCUGAAGAAGAAGAUGGAGAUCAGCUUCCUGCAGUUUGAGGAGAUGAUUGACAGGCUGGAAAAAGGCAGCGGACAGCAGGCGGUGAGUCUUCCGGAGGCCAAACUGCUGCUGAAGGAGGACGACGAGCUCAUCAAGGAGGUUUUCGACUACUGGAGCCGGAAGAGGAAAAACAGCAAGGCCAACUCGCUCAUCCCCAACGUCAAGCAGGAGAGGCGAGACGGCUCCAGCACCAGUGACCCCUACGUGGCCUUCCGGCGGCGCACAGAGAAGAUGCAAACUAGGAAGAAUCGUAAGAAUGACGAGGCGUCGUAUGAGAAGAUGCUGAAGUUACGCAGGGAUCUUAGUCGAGCCGUCACCAUCCUGGAAAUGAUCAAGAGGAGGGAGAAGAGCAAGAGGGAGCUGCUGCACCUCACUCUGGAGAUCUUCGAGAAGAGAAACGUCAUGUCGGACUACAGUGGUGAGGUGAUGGCAGAAGUUCUGGCUGAACGUGCGCUGGUGAGGCCGCAGAUCAUUCCUCUGGUCCCUCUCACCAACCAGUACAGACACCAGGACCACAUGGACCUUAAGGACUACAAGUCCAAGCCCGAGAAGAUGGAAGCUCCCCGGCAGAAGAGGAAAUAUGAGAAGAAGCAGAAGGCUCUGCCUCUGUCGUCGGGCACCCCCCACCACCCUGGUCCUGUCGUCUUCAACGCCAAGGACCUCAACCAGUAUGACUUCCCCAGUUCAGACGACGAGACAUUCUCCCAGCUGCACUCAGGCUCUUCGGAGGCAGAGGAGGAGAACGACCCAGACGGUGGCUACGCCUUUCGCAGGAAAGCAGGCUGCCAGUACCACGCUGCUCGUCAGGACCGUGUGGGCAGCUGGCCGUGGUGUGAUCGCUGGGAGGGCGGUUUGGGUGAAGCUCGCUUUCGCUACAGUCUCACUACACUCACCGUGCCGCGGCGCUGCCUGGGCAUGGCACGCCGGCGCCAGGGACGAGGCGGCAGGGUGUUGCUGGACAGGGCGCACACGGGCUAUGACAACAUUUUCCACGGCCUGGAUCCAGAAAUGCUCGACCUGCCUCUCCCCCCGUCUCCCCCUCCUCCCACAGCUACGUCACGCCCGUCAGCCACCGACAAGUUCGCCAGUACCUCAGAAACAAAUACCUCAGACAGAAGUUCCUCCUCCAUCAACUCCUCUCUUUCCUCGUCCUCCCCCUCUUCCACGGACCUCAGUCAGAUACUGUUGAAUAUAAAGACGUGUCGAUGGAGGCACUUUAGACCACGGACACUACCACUACACGAGCUGGAUAACGCCCACCCCCUGUUCAGGAGGUUGAGUCGAGGCUUGAAGCGCCCAGGCUCUGCCUCCGCAGCUGGGGGACAGCCCUUUGGUUCUCAACGCCUGGCAAGGGUGGUCCCUGCUCCCUCACCCAUUGCUGCUCUCACAGCCGAACAGUACCAGCAGCAUCAGGAGCAGCUGGCCCUGAUGCAGAAACAGCAGCUGGAGCAGAUCCAGCUGCAGCAGAAAGCCAUCAGCACCAACACUGCCAACAGCACACUGGGCUUAGCGAACACGUUGGACCAGGCCAGCGCUCAGUUCGCCGCCUCGGCCCUCGUCACCGCCGACCAAGUGCUGGCCCUGAAAACCAAGGAGGAGCUGGGCCCGGGAGGCGGAGUCAACGGCGUCCUCUCCCCCUCAGGUGUCUACAAGGGCUUGCACCUCUCGAGCACAGUGUCCCCAUCCCCCGCCGCCCCAGCUCCUCCCACCACCUCCUCGACGCCUGCCCUGCUCCACCCUUGCACCACCACCAGCUCCACCUCCACCACCAGUAACAACAACGGCACCGCCCACCCCCCCACCUCCAACACCGCCACCACUCAGGUCCUGCUGGGAAACAACAGCCUCCGUCUGGGUGCUCCCACCGGGAAGCGUGUCCACGCAGUGCGGACACUGAGCACCACCAUGUCCACAUCCGCCUUAAAGUUCACCCACGCAACCGGCAACUGUCAGAAACCCAAGGUCACCACGGCCUCGGCCUCGCCGCUGGACAUAGUGCCCAGGGAGAAUCAUGAACAGGACAAGCCAGCACUGAACAGUCUAUCAGAGAACACAGUGGCCAUGGAGGUGACGUAGCCUCUCGCUCGCUGCACGAGAGGAAGAGCCACUCCUUUGUGUUAUUGUUUUUUUGUUUUUGUUUUUUUUGGUGCUAUGCAUCAUUUGUAAGAGUCAUGAAUGCAAUGAGCAAGGCUGGAUUUCCAUGGCAACGGUUUUGGGACUUAAUUGCAAUGCUCAUCUCGUACAAAAAAAUCAUUUCUCCCUGCCCCCCCCUCCCCCCCCAAUUUCCUUAUUUGUUACUGUUAAUAAGA